AUGCUGCGCGCCCCGCAGGACCGGCUGGUGGCGUGUGUGCACCCCUCCGACCCGGCCGCCGACGCCGGGCGCUACGCGGUCGCGAAGGCCGACAUAAGCCCCGGCGAGCUUCUCCUGCUCGCCGCCCCCUACGCCGUGGCGACGAACCCCAAUGAAGCGCCCAGCGCGAUGCACAUCGCGGAAAAGGCGGAGGACUGGGUGGAGGCGUCCGCGUGCACGCGCCCGGUGGGCACCGCGAUGGUAAGGCGGAGGAAGAAAAACGGGCCCCUGCCCGCCUCCAUGCCGAGCGGGUACGUGCCUGUCUCCCCCUACUCCACACGCUGCUGCAGCUGCCUGCGGAGCAUCGCCGGGGGCAGCUUCUUCCUCAACUACGAGACCAUCCGGUGGGUCUCGGGGAACAUCGCCGCGGAGCACGCCAGGCGUGAGGAGGAGCGCUGGCUGAAGGAAGAGGAUGACGCCGCCCAGGCAAAGGCCGCGAACGUCGACCCUGACAAGGAGCUGGGGGAGGGCAGUGACGACGGCGAUGGGGGUAAACAACAGAGAAAACUGCAGAAGCCUACCAGGUCGGCGCGGAUGCGCUCCAAGGGGUACAUGGCGCUGAAGCAGAAGUUGUCAGAAGCCGCCGCGCAGCGGCGGGAGUCGGAAAUGCUCGACUGCCAUCUAAAGGCGAUGCAGGUGGAGUGUGCAGAGGCGGCGGCGGCGGCGUGGCCAGAGCGUGUGGUGGAAGGGAGCGCCAGCCUUCCCGCGGAGGUGCUGAGCCAAGGCUUCUGUGGAUGUGCCGGGUGUGGCGUGCUUGUCUACUGCUCAAGGGCAUGUUGGGAGGAGCACCACGAGUUGCACCGAACCUCGGGCGUGUGUCGGACGCUGCGCAGCGUGUACCCCGCACUCGCCAAGGCGUUUUGUGUGGGCGGCGGAAACCAGUCCAAGGCAGCCGGGAGAAGGCGAUUUUCCGCUGACUCCUGGAGCCCAAAGCAUUGGCCCCGGCGAACCAGCGACGACGACGCGUGGGAGAUGCAGUCACUGCUCUUGUUUGCCCUGCUAGUGGCACGCUGUGCAAAGGAGGGGUUUGCCGGCCGCAUGGCGGAGGAGGCACACGACAAGGGCGGAGAAGCGGGAGGCGAAGCCUAUUGCGUUGCCACGGGUCAAACUGUCCCACCCCCAAGCGCAGAAAACACAGGGCAACGCGUCGGUGCUACUACUACGACGACUGCCGCCGCCGAGGUGCAGCUUCCAGCCGCAACGAUGUCGAUUGCCAGGGACUCUGCAGCACCGUGCGAGGUGGAAGUAAUUCGCCUCGCACGCCUGCAGUGCGGCGGUGCGGUGGAGGUCGUGGACCCCAAAGCCCUUGAGGAGAAGACAGGCACGCAUUCCACAGAGUCGGCCUCACACCUGUACGUCGCCCAUCGGGGACACAUGGCGCUCUCCCCGUGCGGCAAGCACGAGGCGACGCACGCCGUCCGAGAGCCACGAUGGGUGGAUGCCGCCCGGUUGGUUACAAACCUUUCCGUCAUGUGCAAGGAGUCGCGCCGCAUGUUUCAUCGCAGCUACCGCCGCUUUACCAAAUUUUUUCUUCCUUGGCUGGAGGCGGAUGCGGGUGGGGAGGCCGGGCUGACUGUCACGGCCGCCUUCUUUGAUCGCCUGUGUGCCGCAGUGAAGUGCAACAGCUUUGGCCUCUUUGACGCUGACGGCAGCUGCCUCGGCGUCGCCCUCUACCCAGAGGCCUCCUACUUCAACCACAGCUGCAGCCCAAAUAUCUGCCGCGUCACGCACCGUGGCCGCCUUGCAGCAUUUUAUGCGCUUCGCAGGAUACAGCGAGGGGAGCCGCUCACCAUUUGCUACGUUGAUGUUCAGGAGACCUCUACGGCGGAGCGCCGCCGCCUGCUUCUCUCCUCCUACCGCUUUUUUUGCGAGUGCGAGCGCUGCCGUGGGGCGACCACCGCGGCACCGGGCGUUCGCCUCUGCAAUGCGUGCGCUGUACGCGGCUACGUUGUCCCCGUUCCGCCUCCGGCGGCUGCGUCGUGGGGGAUGGAGGCUGUGCGGGAGGGAAUGUGCUCCGUCUGCAAGACCCGUGUGCCGUGGCGUCCGCAGUAG